AUGAAUUCUCUGUUGAGAGUGAAGAAAUCACUGAGGACGCCCAUCAGGAAGAUGACUAGCUGUGUGUCGGGGGUGAAGCAAGAGAAGUUGUGUGCUAAACCCAGGAACAGGAGGGGCAGAGGGGCUGGGGGAGGCAGACGAGCGUGCAGGAGGUCGGGUAAGACCCCCCCACUCCGAGCUGCACCUCCCAAAGAUCCCACAGUCAUCUGCUCGUACCAGGCCGACCUGGAGAAGGAGAGGCAACAGCGGGAGGCGGUGAACGCUCAGAAGAACGCAGAGAGAGCCGCUUUGAGAAAUCAUUUCAGGAGAAAAUACCAGCUGUCCAAGAGCCCGAAGGACGUGAGCCACCUGAGGUCUGUGGGAGGGAAAGUGUCGCUCCCCCGCGGGCUGUCGAAGAUCAUUUAUCCUGAAACCAAAGCCAAGGACGACGGCUUCAACCUGCUGAGCGCCUUUCAAGGCCUCAGUUUCAACACAGGGCGCCUCACAGGGAGGAAGCACAGCAAGGCGUCCACUCCCACACCAACCACUGGGGACUCCUGUAAUGUCAUGUGA